AUGAUACGUCUGUUCAUCUGCACUUCUUUUCUUAUCUGUAUUGCUGCGCGCUAUCUGACACCGGUGCAGGAAGACGUCCUUAAAUGUCUGCUUGACCUUGGACUAUCUGACGUUCAAGCAAUGGAUUACCUUGGGUGCACAUCGGGUGGACACUGCAGUGGAUGUGCGAAGAAGCUGAAAGAUACUGGAGUCAAAUCAAAAACAGUGGUGAAGGCAACCAAUUGCACGCAACCACUCUGUUGCCCACUUUAA